GUACAGAGUGCAGAUUGAUGUUACAGACUUAUCACGCGCAGCAGGCUAAUGACGUAUCAUUACAGGAAAUUCAUAUUUAAAGCACUUUGUUGAAACGUGUACCAGUAUUAACUUAAUGUAAAGGCCUGUGUGGAUCAGUAUUGGGGAAAGAAAAAGCUAAAGUCCUGUCUCUGUGGGAACCAACUGAUAGCAGGUAGACUUUGCCCUGAAGGGGAACCAACACUACAGGAAGAGCAGUAGAGCAGAUUCCCGGCCGUCACAGCAGAGUUUGUUGAAAGAUCUGCUAACUUUUGGUGGAAUGGACCAAACUAAUAGCAACAGUAAUGGUGGCUAUGGACCUUAUCCUCCUCCGUACAACCCUCAGGACUAUGGGGAGAGUUCUUACACAGGCGUGUGCUAUCAGGUGGGGAAAGGGAAUGUUGCAGUGGUCUCCCCUCCUGGCACCUAUGAUAACAUGGUCCAUCCUGAGGGAGCGGCAGCAGCUGGAGGCAACCAGCAGUAUGGUGAAGCUCCUCCAGACUACUCUUACGGCUUAGAGGAUAGUGGCUUCAGUGAUGCUGCCAUUAGAAGAGGUUUCAUAAAGAAAGUCUACUUGACCUUGAUGAUUCAGCUGCUAGUGACUGUUGGGAUCAUCUGUUCUUUUCUUUACUGGGACACUCUCCGGAAAUGGGCAUGGUCCAACUACUGGUUCUCCUACUCCAUGAUGGCAGCGGUGCUGGUGCUCAUUGUGGCCAUGUCCUGUUGCGACAACCUUCGUCGUCAAGUCCCCCUCAAUUUCAUUGCCCUGGGUCUGUUUACUAUUGCAGAGGGCCUCAUGCUUGGAUCCGUGGCAGUGUACUUUGAUGCCGAAGCAGUUCUGUGGGCUGUGGGGGCAACGGCGCUGGUAUCCUUUGCCUUGAGUCUGUUUGCCAUGCAGUCAAAGUGGGACUUCACUGCACUAAAUGGGAGCCUGUGGGUGUUUGCCUGGACCCUCUUUUCGUUUGCAUUGCUUUGUGCAAUCCUCCGCUCUCAGUAUGUUUACAUCGUCUACGCCUGCCUGGGAACCUUGCUGUUUUCCUUGUACUUGGUGUUUGAUACCCAGCUUAUCCUGGGUGGGAAACACAGGAAGUAUGAAGUGUCUCCUGAGGAGUAUGUGUUCGCUGCUCUGAAUCUCUAUUUGGACAUUGUGUCCCUGUUCCUGCUCCUGCUGCAGAUCAUUGGCCUCUGCCGCUGACAAUGAGCCGCCAUGACAUCUCAAACGCAACACUGAAACACAGGACUCCUACUUUCGUUUUAAUAGCAAACUGUACAACUACAGUACGUGCUAUCAUAUGUAAAAUACACUGCAAUAUACUGUGUGCAACAUGUUUUUUAAACCAAAAGAGCUUUUGACUUUUGAGUGUUAUACUGCAGCAGAAUUUGUUUCUACCUAGAUUUCUUAAUUAAUUGUGCUUCAUAUUCAUUUCCAUUCAAUUUAACUUGGCUGUUUUCUGUGCUCUGUAACAAAAAACUGAAAUGUAAGGCAAACAUAAAGUAACUAAACAGCCACCCAAGUAAUUUACAGUAAUAUUAUCACAUCAAAGUAGUUCAGUCAUCCUGGGAUCUGUGCUGCAUUUAAUGAUCAGUGUUGAGAGGUUCAGUUUAAAUGAAGCUGCUGGAAAACCAGAUUCCAGAAACCAAACUAAUUCCAAUAAAGAACAGAAUCUGUCAGCUUUAUCACUCCUAUAAAACCAGCUAGAUGCUCUGUGA